GCGGAAGUCCGCAGCCUCCGGAGCCUCUGAUUGGCUUUCAGCCUGGCGCCUGUCUCGGCCCCCGCGCCAGUUUCGGGCUGGUUGGCGCGGAAUCGGGAGACUUCGGAACCAUGGCGCUCGUGCACGGUGAAGGCUGCGAGCUGGGGUCAAGCGCUCUGUCAGAUUCAGGGAGUUUUGUAGCUUCUCGAUCCAGGCGAGAAAAGAAAUCAAAGAGAGGGCGCCAGGAAGCUCUAGAAAGACUGAAAAGGGCUAAAGCUGGUGAGAAGUAUAAAUAUGAAGUUGAGGACUUCACAAGUGUUUAUGAAGAAGUUGAUGAAGAACAGUAUUCGAAGCUGGUUCAGGCCCGUCAAGAUGAUGACUGGAUCGUGGAUGAUGAUGGUAUUGGCUAUGUGGAGGAUGGCCGAGAGAUUUUUGAUGAUGACCUUGAAGACGAUGCCCUUGAUUCUUAUGAGAAAGGCAAAGAUGAAAAAGCACGUACUAAAGACAGGAGGAAUGUAAAGAAGACUGUGGUGACAAAACCAAACAAUAUCAAGUCACUGUUCAUUGCUAGUGCUGGGAAGAAGACUGCAGAUAAAGCUGUCGACUUGUCUAAGGAUGAUCUGCUAGGUGACAUUCUCCAAGAUCUGAACACUGAGACACCUCAAAUAACUCUACCACCUGUAAUGAUACCAAAGAAGAAAAGAUCCAUUGGAGAUUCACUGAAUCCUUUCUCUGUGCACACCCCCAAGGCAGUUCCUUCAAGAAAAACUGCUUCCCCUGUCUCAAGGAAGGAGCCUCCAUUAACUUCUGUUCCCCUUAAACGUGCUGAAUUUGCUGGAGAGUCCGGGCCAGCUUUGUGUAUAGACGACAAGAAGGACUCCGGGACAAUGAAUUUUGAAGACGGUGACUUUGAUGAACCUAUGGAAGCUGAGGAAGUAGAUGUGGAGCCCAUGGCUGUCAAGACUUGGGACCAAGAGAGUGAGCCAGCAGAGGGGGUGAAACAUGAGGCAGAUCCUGGGAAAGGCCCCUUGUCCUACUUAGGAAGUUUCCUCCCAGAUGUUUCUUGUUGGGACAUUGAUCAGGAAGAUGAUAGCAGUUUCUCAGCCCAGGAAGUCCAAGUGGAUUCCGGUCACCUCCCGCUGGUAAAAGGGGCAGAUGAGGAACAAGUGUUUCAGUUUUAUUGGCUGGAUGCUUAUGAAGAUCAGUACACCCAACCAGGUGUGGUAUUUCUGUUUGGCAAAGUUUGGAUUGAAUCUGCCAAAACCCACGUGAGCUGUUGUGUCAUGGUGAAAAACAUCGAGCGAACACUCUACUUCCUUCCCCGCGAAACGAAAAUUGAUCUGAAUACAGGAAAAGAAACAGAAACUCUAGUUACAAUGAAGGAUGUUUAUGAUGAAUUCGAUGAGAAAAUAGCAGCAAAAUAUAAAAUUAUGAAGUUCAAGUCCAAGCAAGUGGAAAAGAACUAUGCUUUUGAGAUACCUGAUGUUCCAGAAAAAUCCGAGUACUUGGAAGUUAGAUACGCCGCUGAAAUGCCACAGCUUCCUCAGGAUUUGAAAGGAGAAACUUUUUCUCAUGUAUUUGGGACCAACACAUCCAGCCUGGAAAUAUUCUUGAUGAACAGAAAGAUCAAAGGACCUUGUUGGCUUGAAGUAAAAAAUCCACAGCUCUUGAAUCCGCCAGUGAGUUGGUGUAAAGUUGAGGCAGUGGCCUUGAAACCAGACCUGGUGAAUGUGAUUAAAGAUGUUGGUCCUCCUCCAGUUGUGGUCAUGUCUUUGAGCAUGAAGACAAUGCAGAAUGCAAAGACACAUCAGAAUGAGAUUAUUGCUGUGGCAGCUUUGGUCCAUCACAGCUUUGAGUUAGACAAAGCGCCCCCACAGCCUCCCUUUCAGUCACACUUCUGUGUUAUAUCUAAACCAAAGGACUGUAUUUUUCCAUAUGCUUUCAAAGAAGACAUUAAGAAAAAGAAUGUGAAGGUUGAGAUCGCUGCGACGGAAAGAACGUUGCUAGGUUUUUUCCUCGCCAAAGUUCACAAAAUUGAUCCUGAUGUCAUUGUGGGUCAUAAUAUUUAUGGAUUUGAACUGGAAGUGCUCCUGCAGAGAAUUAACGUGUGCAAAGUUCCUUACUGGUCCAAGAUAGGUCGACUGAAGCGAUCUAACAUGCCAAAGCUAGGGGGCAGGAGUGGACUUGGUGAAAGAAAUGCUACCUGUGGCCGAAUGAUCUGUGAUGUGGAAAUUUCGGCAAAGGAAUUAAUUCGUUGUAAAAGCUACCAUUUGUCUGAACUUGUUCAACAGGUUCUGAAAUCUGAAAGGGUUGUGAUCCCAGUGGAAAAUAUACGAAAUAUGUACAGUGAAUCUUCUCAUCUGUUGUACCUGUUGGAACACACCUGGAAAGAUGCCAGGUUCAUUUUGCAGAUCAUGUGUGAGCUAAAUGUUCUUCCAUUAGCAUUGCAGAUCACUAACAUCGCCGGGAACAUUAUGUCUAGGACCCUGAUGGGCGGACGAGCCGAACGUAAUGAGUUCUUGUUGCUUCAUGCAUUUUAUGAAAACAACUAUAUUGUGCCUGACAAGCAGAUUUUCAGAAAGCCUCAGCAAAAACUGGGAGAUGAAGAUGAAGACCUCGAUGGAGAUGCCAAUAAAUACAAGAAAGGACGUAAGAAAGCAGCUUAUGCCGGAGGCUUGGUACUGGACCCUAAAGCUGGUUUAUAUGAUAAGUUUAUUUUGCUCCUGGACUUCAACAGUUUGUAUCCUUCCAUCAUUCAGGAAUUCAAUAUUUGUUUUACAACAGUGCAAAGAGUUGCUUCAGAGGCACAUAAAGCUACAGAGGAUGGAGAACAAGAACAGAUCCCUGAGCUGCCAGACCCAAACUUAGAAAUGGGUAUUUUGCCCAGAGAGAUCCGGAAGCUGGUAGAGAGGAGAAAGCAAGUCAAACAACUAAUGAAACAGCAAGAUUUAAAUCCAGACCUGGUUCUUCAGUAUGACAUUCGACAGAAGGCUUUGAAGCUCACAGCGAAUAGUAUGUAUGGCUGCCUGGGAUUUUCCUACAGCAGAUUUUACGCCAAACCACUGGCUGCUUUGGUGACCUACAAAGGAAGGGAGAUUUUGAUGCAUACAAAAGAGAUGGUGCAGAAGAUGAAUCUUGAAGUUAUUUAUGGAGAUACAGAUUCAAUUAUGAUAAACACCAAUAGCACCAAUCUGGAAGAAGUGUAUAAAUUGGGAAACAAGGUAAAAAGUGAAGUGAAUAAGUUGUACAGAUUGCUUGAAAUAGACAUCGAUGGUGUUUUCAAGUCUCUGCUACUGCUGAAGAAAAAGAAAUACGCCGCUCUGGUUGUUGAGCCAACGUCGGAUGGGAAUUACAUCACCAAACAGGAGCUAAAAGGAUUAGAUAUAGUUAGAAGAGAUUGGUGUGAUCUUGCUAAAGAAACUGGAAACUUUGUCCUUGGUCAGAUUCUUUCUGAUCAAAGCCGAGACACUAUAGUGGAAAACAUUCAGAAGAGGUUAAUAGAAAUUGGAGAGAAUGUGCUAAAUGGCAGUGUCCCAGUGAGCCAGUUUGAAAUUAACAAGGCAUUGACCAAGGAUCCCCAGGAUUACCCUGAUAAGAAAAGCCUACCUCAUGUACAUGUUGCCCUCUGGAUAAAUUCUCAAGGAGGCAGAAAGGUGAAAGCUGGAGAUACCGUGUCGUAUGUCAUCUGUCAGGAUGGGUCAAACCUCAGUGCGAGUCAGAGGGCCUAUGCACCCGAGCAGCUACAGAAACAGGACAAUUUAACCAUUGACACCCAGUACUACCUGGCUCAGCAGAUCCACCCGGUCGUGGCUCGGAUUUGUGAGCCAAUAGACGGAAUCGAUGCUGUCCUCAUUGCAACGUGGUUAGGACUCGACUCUACCCAGUUUAGAGUUCAUCAUUAUCAUAAAGAUGAGGAGAAUGAUGCCCUACUUGGUGGCCCAGCACAGCUCACAGAUGAGGAGAAAUACAGGGACUGUGAAAGAUUCAAAUGUCCGUGCCCCACGUGUGGGACAGAGAAUAUUUACGAUAGUGUCUUCGAUGGUUCGGGAACUGAUAUAGAACCCAGCUUGUAUCGUUGCAGUAACAUCGAUUGUAAGGCUUCACCUUUGACCUUUAUGGUACAGCUGAGCAACAAAUUGAUCAUGGACAUUAGACGUUGCAUUAAAAAAUACUAUGAAGGCUGGUUGAUGUGUGAGGAGCCAGCGUGUCGAAAUCGAACUCGGCGCCUUCCCCUUCAGUUCUCCCGAAAUGGGCCUCUUUGCCAAGUCUGCAUGAAAGCUACGCUUCGGCCAGAGUAUUCUGACAAGUCCCUGUACACCCAGCUGUGCUUUUACCGGUACAUUUUUGAUGCGGACUGUGCACUGGAGAAACUUAUUACCGAUCAUGAGAAAGAUAAAUGGAAGAAGCAGUUUUUUACCCCCAAAGUUCGUCAGGACUACCAAAAACUCAAGAACACGGCAGAGCAGUUCUUGUCCCGAAGUGGCUACUCCGAAGUGAACCUCAGCAAGCUCUUCGCAGAUUGUGCCGUGAGGCCCUGAGGGAGCCUGCGAUGCAGGCAGCAGGGUGGGUGACCCCACCGCCUCCACCCCUCCACCGGGGUCCUGACGGCUCCCUCUGGCAUUGCUUUUCCUUUAGGACUGCGUGCGUGCGUGUGUGCAUGCGUGUGUGGCUUGGGAGGGGAAUUACUGAGGUGGGGGCGAGUGCAACAGUAUUUCAUCUACCAAAUAUCAGAGCAUCAUAAGAGCCUUCCUAUUACAACGUAUCAUGUACUGCGGAAACACAGCCUAGAGCCAGCUGCGCAUCUGGGACUCGAUUCCUAGGGGGGAGGUCCGUGAGGGACAAGAAAUUAAUUGAGAGUGGCUGGAACGCAAGGGACCCCACGCUUUGCCCCAGGGCCUUCAGCAGAGGUGCCCCCAGAAAGAGUUAUGAAGCCUGGUAGGAGUGCUAACAUUUUAUUUUGCCUUUUCACAUGCCAGUUAAACCCAGUCUGAACCCCACUAUUGCCCCAGUCGCUGGCUCCAAGAGUGGCUGUCCUUUUUAGUCUGGUCUUUUAUAUAGGUAGCCGAGGGGUGGGGUAGAGAAGCCUUGCGUCUCCUAAAUAGAUGAAACAGAGCCUACUUGUUUAUUGAAUUGCUCCCCAUUGCAUGCGCACACGUAUACUGGGCAGGUGUUUUAUACUCACAUUCCUUUUUGUCCCCUUAAGUAGAAAAUCCAGGUAAAGGUUUCUGCAGACAGAAAGCACAUUGAAAAUAAUUUGAUAUCCUAUAACAUUUCCUUUCAACUGUGUAGAGUCUGGGGCAAGGGUCAUUGUGUUGUAUUCAGAAGAAAUUGGGAGGAGGUUUGGUUAAUUGGCCCUGGUGCGGUUGUGUGCGUGUGUGUGUUUUCAUUUCUUCGGAAUGGUGCCCUCUUUGCCAGAAGCCACAUCUAUUUCAGUAUAGCAGCCUUUCCAUUCUUACAUUAUAUGUAAGGUUAUACUAACAAGAUAUAUUUCCCCUGUACACUAUGCUAUAUUUUUUUUAAAAGUCUACCUGUUUUUCUAAAAGAAAAAUAUGCCAUGUGUGUGGUUUUUUUUUUCCUGCUUAAAUAAAGAUUUCUGAAAGGAAA